UAACUUUUUUAAAUUGACACACAAGGGUUAAAUAUUCAAUGGUACUGAAUGACACCAUUCAUGUAGGCUUGGCAUGGUAUUUAUAGGAUACUUCCAGGUAUUUGACGGAAUAACAUGGCAUCACUUUUAAAAAAAAAAUUUGUAAAAUGUAUUAUUUCAAUUAUUACAUUAUUAUUAUUUUAGUAUAUCCCUCACACACACACAAACACUCAUACAAACACGCGCACACACAAACACACACACACACACACUCAUACAAAAACACACAGACACACGUUUCGCUGCUGCUUGAUUUGCUGGAAAACUGACACAUUUUCAUUCGUGACAGUUAAUAUCUCCCGCGCUUCGGAUUAUAUCUGUAUUUAUUGACAGGCCGCGCCGUACUGGAACUAUGAUCUUCAGCAGUCAGCGGGACAGAGAGCGUUGGCUGCGCGGCUCAGGCGACUCAUCCUCGGUGUGAGAGUGAAAUCGAGGCUGCUGGCGCCGCGGCCUAGUCCGGGCGGUUUAAUGUUUCACACGACAACACAGCACAGCGCUCCGUUUCCACCUGGAUCAGAAAUGGCUUCAUGUGAUGACAGAUUGACAUUGAUUGACAGAUGAUGCAGGAGGCACCUGUGCAGGUGAGCGAGGCUCUCAUCAUCACAGCUGGAGAAUGAAGCUUCAUUCAGACUCAAAUGAGAGUGGACACGCUUGUGAAUCCGUGUCAAACGCUGCCCAGGAUAUGAACCUGAACCACCGUUUGACCUUGACCUCCUGCGGGCUCAAGCCCGGGUCACAGGACUGUGGUCCUGGAUGGCUGGAGGAGCCAGAGCAACUCUGUAACGGUUUGUCAGACCAAUCAGAGCUGGAGAAUUUCAUGUCACACUGUGAGAAAAGUGAAGUUGACCCCGACCGAGUCACGGUGACCUUUGAGGAUGACAGCAGGUCGUUAACGUCCAGUACGGUGGACGAUGAAGACAAUGUCACACUAGAGAUCCAACAGGCCUACAGAAUAUUUCAGAGUUUUCUUUCAGAGAAACACAAAGCAAUAGCGGCUCCGUUUUGGCACCCCAUUGGCCCCGGAGCACACGGGGAUCAGGCCCCUGACAGUGACAUGUGUUUCAGGAAGAUGGAUGAUAAGUUUGUGAAUCGGGAGUAUGAAUCGAUUACAGCAUUUGUUGCUGAUUUCAGACUGAUGUUGGAGAACUGUUAUCGGUUUCACGGUGUUGAUCACUGGAUCUCCAAACAGGCUCAGAAACUGGAGAUUAUUCUGGAACAAAAGCUCACCCUGUUGUCCAGGACCUUGAGAGAGAAAACGACCCUGGCCGUGACCUCUAGAGGUCGCUUUGGCACUGAAGAUGAAAAAGUGCCAGUGGGCACUUCAUCCAGGCGGCGAUCAGUACCACGAAACCUGGCUGCCAUUACGGUGGGUGGCAGUGAGUCCAUCAUGGUGCAGGCGCUGAGACUGGAGGAGCUACAGCGAGCCAAAGAGGAGAGAAGGCAGCGGGAACAGGAAAGGAAAGAGGCAGAGGAGGUGUCGGCGAAAGAAGUUGAGGAUUGGGAGCAUUCCUUGCUGUCUUUAUCAGAACCGUGGCUGGUCCGAACCAUGUGGGAGCUCCCAGCCAUUGGCCACUUCCUGUGUCUUGCCCAAACGGCUCUCAACCUCCCCGAGAUCGUUUUCUACGAGCUUGAGCGUUGCUUGUUGAUGCCUCGCUGUAGUUCUUUCCUCGCUAGAGUCAUGACGUCUCUUCUCUGCCAUCCGCACAAGAGAGCGAACCUUCACCGCCGCCUGGCACUGCCCUACAGGAAGUGGGAGGCGGAGUUACGUCGGAGGGUGCAGGGCUGGUACCAGGCGGUCGGGAGGGUUGAAGACCAGGUGACUCGAGCAGAACAGCUCGGACUUUGCCAUCAGUUCUUUUGGACGUUGGGCGAGGUGAAUCCUUUAGAGGAAACGGCGUUCCACCAGCUUCCGUUUAACCAGCGCGUUUGGCUCCUGAAGGGACUCUGUGAUCAUGUGUAUGAGACGCAGAAAGACGUGCAGGACGCCGUUCUCGGGCAGCCCAUUCAUGAGUGCCGUGAAUCCAUCUUGGGCUAUGACAGUGAGGAGAACAUCUACAUACACUUUCCGCACUUUUGCGGUGCGGACUUGAGGAUCUAUCGCCAGAGUCCAUGUCUCGCAAUGGAGUUUCCUCUACCAGUGUUCCACGUCAAGAGAUGUGAGCAGGAAACGGGCUCAGCCGGUUCAGAAGUUAAGGUGGAAAUGAAUGAGAAGGGACUGUUUCUGUCUGUAGAUGGUGUAAAGUUAGAGAACGACGGCUCAUGCAAGACGGAGCCGUGCCCAUGGGGCGUAAACGAAAAUUUGCUCUCCGACAAGGAGGAUCUUGAUCAGAAAUGUCCUUCAAGUGUCCUCUUAGGGUGCAAGGAAGUUUCUUCAGAGUCUUCAAGAGGCGUUCGAGAGAAAUCCAUGGAGGAAGAACGUUUAAAAAAAGAGGAUGAGUCAGACUGCGAGCCGUGGUUCAGAGUUGGAGACAGCUGCUACAGAGGCAAGUCACCUGCCAACUCUCUUAUGUCACAUACUGACAAAAGUCCUUACAAGGACAUGAUUCACAAGACCAGUGAGAAGCACACUCUCUGUUCAGAGUGUUCUAGGGUGUCCAAGGAAACAACACGGCACUGUUCACGCUGUCGGCUCUUAAAUGACCCAAUCAAAUCUGAAAUCACCUGCCCACAACAAGACAACUCCACACAGGGGGCAACAGAAACAACACGCGCCAGGAAAAAGAAGAGGAAGAAAAAGAAAGAGAAUAAGUCUGGGAUGAGAAAAACUAAGUCAGGAAAAGUGAACUUGAAGAACAGAAAAGCUAAAAGCAGCCUGCACAGAGCCGCCAGCACCAUGAAGAAGAAGGACAAGAGGAAAAAACGAAAACUGGGGAAAAAGUUAGACAGGAAGACGAUGUUGGUGAAGAGAAAAGCAGGAUGUGGACUGCUGCCAGCAGAACCAUCAUUUCAGUUGGUUUGCUCCAGUCUGGAUGAUCUCAGAGUUCUGAUCAAUAAAACAGAAGAUGAGCUGGAUGAACUGGACAGCGGCAAAAAGAGAUCUGGAAGAAUGCAACACAAAAGAGCCACUGUGAAAGAGUUACACAUCACACUUAUAAGGCUGCUAAACGAGCUUUUACCAUGGGAACCCAAACUAGUCAAGGCCUUCCAGAGGAACAGAGCGCGCUUGAAAAAGGAGUGUGACGAUUUCAAAAAACACCCCGAAUAUGAGAACUUUAUCAGGGAACAGGUGGAUACUGUGGAUAUUGUUUCUGUGUUGUCCACCGAUACAAUAAGGGAGUUGGAAGAUAGUGAAGUCAAAAUUAACAGGAGUAUGAAGGAAGAUUCUGAGGCAUCAGAGAAUGUAAAUCAGAUUGGAAAUCAUAAAGUAAAAUGCCAAGAUGACAGACCUGAAAUUGUCAUGGUGAGUAACGAAUCUGGACACUUUACACGCGCUUCAAAGCGCCGCCAGAGUGGUGCGAUCAAUGAGGAAUCAAGCCCAUGCAAGAGAGGCAAAAUGGACUCAGAGAGUUCUUUGACUUCUGAACUUAAUGUGGAGGUUGUGUCCAGCAAACAAAACACAGUAAUGACAAGCCCACAGACCUCUCAAAGAGCUUCAGUGUUGUCCACGCCUGUGAGUAGCUUUCAGGGGACUUACAAGCCAAUCCAGGCAUUACUGGCCAAGAGUGUUGGAAACAAGGUGACCUUAAUAAGUCAUCCAAAGGCUGCAGUGAUGGCUCAGAUGCUUCAUAACAAGACAGUGUCUGCAUCUGUUCCACCUGUCCGACCUUCAACUACCUGUCCACCAACACCACACUCUGAUACUGUCUCUAUUGUAACACCAACAUCCACAACAGAAAGCACUGGACAGUUGGUGUACAAGACUGCAGGAGGCUUGGGGCUUCUCAGGAAAGGGAGCACUUCAGUGAAGUUUUCAGUGCAGCCAAUAUUAGAUCAAAAUUCAGGGGAGAAGGUAAUGCAACAAGUUGUUAUCUUGCCUUCGAAUCUACUGAUUCAAAGCACUGAGAAAAAGGCUGCUCAGGAGUCACCGGAAGUGACCUCUUCGUCCAUCCCUAAGACUACAACGUACUUGUCCAAUGCUUCAGGGUUCACUGUACCGGAAAACAAGGUUUCUGUCCAGCAAAUGGCACCACUGAAAGAUACUAGUGAUGUUAGAACACCAUCUGCUGCCAUUUUACCCAGUUUACGGACAUUACAAACAACUACUGGAGGUUUCACUGUGCCUAAAAAGACUACUGAACCAAAGGUGACCCUAAACAAAUCCUUUACCCCAACCAGUAGUAGUCCAACCAAACCUGACAGUAAGCAGGAACUUAGGACAGUGUGCAUCAGAGACUCACAGUCCAUUCUUGUCACUACUAGAGGAGGUAACACAGGGGUGGUGAAGGUUCAAACAUCAGAACAGAGUGGAACUGGUGCAUUACAAUCCAGCCCAGUUUUUGCACUCUCUCCACAACUUCAAGCUUUUCUGGUGUCAAAGUCUUACACGUCCACUCCACAAGCUGCUCCUGGUACCCUCAGUCCAAAAACAUUACCUGAUAUCACUCCUCUAAUCAAUAGAGGUUCUCCUCAGUCAUUCUCAAAGGAUAUAAUUCCAGUCAGCUCAUCUGCUCUGGUCACAGGAACGUUAGCUUCUUCAACCCUAAAUCAGACUUUCUCUGUUGCUGGUGGUCUAGCCACGGGUAAAUCACCUCACCUGGCUGCAAGAAAAAGCAGUGACAGUGUCCUUGUAACUGUGAAGGAUGUCCCAGGUGUUCAGCAGAAUACCGUCUCUAAAUGUAUAAUGAAACCCCCACAAAAGAGAACUCUACCAGGGAGCAGUACCCCAGACCAGUCCAGCCUUCAAAAGGUUUUCCUAGUAACACCUUCAACAAAUGUUCCCUCAGCGGCAGCAAAAUUUGCCUCCACUACUGCAACAUGUACCAUGCCUGGAUCAAGGGUCAUGUUCAUAAACCGCCCCACUGCCUCUGACAACUCUGCACUUACCAUUCCUAAAGGACUGACAACUUCAGAAGCCAACAUUUCUUCUGCAACUUCUACUCCAGCACUUGAAGCCUUGAAUGUCAUACCCAAGCUUGGGACAACUUUUGGCUGCACUGCUUCUGGUGGGAUGGCCAAUGUCCAGAGCAUUAGUGUACCAGGGUUGACAUCCAGGAUAUUUAGCACAAACAAGAACAUCCCUGAAGCUUCUACAAAAACUACACCUGUAAUUGUCUCCAAGGUGCUUGCAAUGUCAACAUCAAGUGGGCUACAAAUUGGUCAGAAGAACAAUGUUGUUGCAAGCAGCUGUCCAUCAGGAAAUUGUGAAAGUCCUCUCAAAGCAACUGGAUCUGUUGAUGGCAGAACUUUCACAUUUUCAACACUGGGCACUGGUCACAUGGCGUCCUCUGCACUUUUAUCAGUUGUAAAACAGGAUGUUUCUUCAUCUGUCUCAACAACAUUUUCAGUAUUAAAUGCUCUUAACAGUAAACCUGGGUUUACCAUUGGCAACUCUUCUUCAAAUAUAUCUGCCUCUUUUUCAGGUAGUCUAAUUAGCAAACACACUACUUUAACAAAUGAAGUGAUGCCACAAAGUAACAAGCCACAAAUUAUCUCACCCCUCUGCUUAUCACCCUCGCCAAUUAAAACAACUGCAAUCGCUUCAACUUCAGGAGUGUCCCAUCCUAUAACCAUGAGCAGCACUGUGCAACCACAAACAGGAAGGAUCUCUUCAACUCCAGUGGUCAUGUCCUCUGGGGUUCGACCUCCAGCCCCUGAAACCAAAAGUGUGCAGGGAAAAAUCGUGAUCAAUACCACUGCCCCACUUGCCCCUGGAACUCAACUCCUGAUCAACAACACCAGAUUUGUUGUACCUGCUCAAGGCCUUGGACCUGGUUGUCAUGUUCUGCUUAUCUCUAACUCUUCUCCUGGAGGCUUGCAAGGGUCAAGUCCUGCCUCCUCUGUUCCCAGAAGUCCAAACUGUUCUGCUCCUGCCUCCUCUGUUCCCAGAAGUCCAAACUGUUCUGUGCCUAGCCCUGUUCCUUCAGAGAUUAGAUUGGUAGCACCACAGAAAACACUGGUCAGGCUGCCCUCACCCACCUCAACAAACGUUUGGCACUCUGAUGGAGUCUGUCGGCAGGUGAUCAGAACUCCACUGACUGCUUCUGGUCCUACUGCUCUACAAACUCUACGUUCUGAUGUAUCAUCAGGACAACCAGGCUUGAGCAACAUUGUAAGACUUCCUAUCUUCCAAACUUCUGAAGGAAAAGGUCUCUUAGUUGCACCUUCACAGAGCAUGACCAGCUGCCCCAAAGAAACCUCUGUUGUUUGUACCCUUGCACAAGGAGGUUUACAUAGCACAACUUCACCCAUGCUCCUGCAAGCAAGACUUGCAAAUACACCACCCCAAAACCAAGUGGCACCAGCUGUACAACCAUUGAAAACUGUGGUUUCAAGAAAUUCACCAAUAGUGACCGUGCCGCCUAUGAGCAGCACAAUAUCAAGGAUGCAGAAACUUCCAGUUGCAACUGUUCCACCAAUUGGGAGUCCAGCCACUCCUAUUGCAACUGUUCCUCCAUCGUUGAAUACGGUAAUAUUGACAUCUUGUCAACCAAUCAGGGCUGUGCAACCUGGGACAAUUGGUAAGCCUGUCAUUUUACCGCAGCCACUUCAAGGUCAAAGCAAGUCUCCCGUACAGGUUCCCACUAGUGUGUUGACCACCUACACCCCUAGUAAACUGCUUUUGAGUCCAGAUGGUGCCAUCUUAAACAUUGUUCGUGCAUCAGCACCAUCAAGCCUAAAGGAGAUGUCAAAGCCAAUGACCACUCAAGUGGUUGUUCCCACAACUACUAGCGUUACUGCACCUUUUUUGAAUACAAAUGAUCUGCUUAGACAACCAGAUAUUCCAGGGGGACUUAUUCACUAAAAUCUUUCUGGAAGUAAUCUGUUUUCCUGUUGUUUCCCUCGUUUGAUUAUAGAGGAUGAUCUGUUUAGUGGUUUGGGCUUUGGUAGAACACGUUGGAUUGUAUGGGCUUCCUUAGGUUUCAUUUCUCAUUAUUUUGAAAGGCUAAAUACUAAAUAUCAAAAUGACAUUUUGCCCUUUACAAUACAUAUUGGGGAAAACAAUGAAUCGGUUAUCCUUUGGGUUGUAAAUAAAUUUGGUUUCACAAAGAAUGGGAAUUUCAAAUGGCCAGUAAUGUACAUAGCAAGUAUUUGUUUUUCUACUCCAUUUGUAUGCAAAGGUUUGAAUGUUUUGUAGCAUUUUUCAUUGACAGAACCAUUAAAUGAUUAAUAUUAUUAGAACAGUCUUCAGUCUGUUUAAGAGUAUGUAAAAUCGCUGAGGUCAUUCUUGACUCGAGCCCAUGUUAGUGCUUUCAUACUCAAGUUGAGUAUUAUCAGAUAUUUUCUGAUUACAGUUUUGUUUUGUGUUUCCUCUAUAGCCUAUACAUGAAAAUAAACUUGGCAUAUUUAUGACUUAGUAUGCCUAUUUCUUUUUAAUUCAUUAAACUGGAGGUCGACUGAUAGUGGAUUUUUCCGAGACUGAUAACUAAGGUAGUAAAAAAGGUAAAUAACCGAUUAAUCGAUUUUUUUUAAAUCGAUUUAUAGAAUGAUCAAACAUUUAUCAGGCUUUCCUUACUAUGACAGGCACAGACAUUGAGGCUAGAAGAGUACAAAAUGAAUAAAAUUCCUUAAGGAGUUUAGUGUGCAACCAAAGUCCCAAUAAUAACCAGAAAAAUUAAGAUUUUGUGCAUAAAGCUCGACUUUUAACUACAAACAAACAACCCAGAAAUACACUGGGGCUUGGCAAUGCUCUAUAUGUAAAUAUUUACCAAAUUAAGCUUUUUAUAGCCUAUAUAUUGACCAGAUUUAAUUUUGUGUGCGUGUAUGUAUAUAUAUAUAUAUAUAUAUAUAUAUAUAUAUAUAUACUGUAUAUAUUUCGCCAGAUGAGGUUUAUAGAUGAGGAAUAAAAUAAAGAACUAUCGGCAGAGAUUUUUGCCGA